UCGGGCUGCCACCCUGGCAGGGGACAGGCUAACACAGAAAAUUCUUUUCCAAGGCGGAGUUCUGAAUACGACGGGGACGCUCGGAGAGGGCAGGGUGGAGGGGGCGCGGAGGAGCGCAGAGUGCCGCCCUGCUCCUGCUCCCGCCCCUGCUGCGUCCGUCCCAUCCCGUCCUGCCCCGUCCCGUCCCGUCCCCGCCGGGCCCGAGCCCGCACACGAGCCCGACCCCGCCCGGCCGCCGGUUCUCCCCUCCUUCGCGGCGCUCGCUGCCCCGCACGGGGCUCGAAAGAUGGAGGACUACGGGCGAUUCUUGGCGCUGCUGGCCUCUACGCUGCUGGUCGGCUUCUUGUCGGUCAUCCUCUCCCUCGUCUGGGUCUUCCACUACCGCGAGGGGCUGAGCUGGGACGGCAGCCCGGGGGAAUUCAACUGGCACCCCGUCCUCAUCAUCACGGGCUUCGUCUUCAUCCAGGGCAUCGCUAUUAUUGUGUACAGAUUGCCCUGGACCUGGAAGUGCAGCAAACUCCUAAUGAAGUUCAUACAUGCUGGAUUAAAUACCAUAGCUAUGGUUCUUGCAAUUGUUUCUAUGGUAGCCGUGUUUGAUUUCCACAAUGCCAAGAACAUUCCUAACAUGUACAGUCUGCACAGCUGGAUUGGGCUAACUGCUGUUAUAUUUUAUUCUCUCCAGCUUUUCUUGGGUUUUGCUGUCUUUCUGCUCCCACUUGCUCCAGUUCACCUCCGCGUAGCUCUCAUGCCAAUACAUGUUUAUUCGGGUCUUACCAUCUUUGCAACAGUGAUUGCAACAGCUCUCAUGGGAAUCACAGAAAAGCUUAUAUUUGCAUUGAAAAAUCCUGCAUACAGUGCAUCCCCACCAGAAGCAACUUUGGUCAACUGUCUUGGUCUUUUGCUUGUCAUAUUUGGUUCACUUAUUUUGUGGAUGGCAAGCAGGCCCCACUGGAAGCGGCCCCCAGCAGAGAAUGCUAAAAUUCUGAGGCCCAUUGGAGCAACUCCUGAAGGCACAGAAGUAGAAUCCACAAUGACAAACAGCAGUAAUGCAGAUAAAUCUGAUCUGAGGGGCAAUACUGAAGCAGCCAGAAAACAAAACAUCAAAUUUGAUGAAGCAGGACAAAGAUCAACUAUGUAAAGAAAAUACACUGAAAAAAAGUAUUAUUAUAUCUCCAAAUUCCCUCUGGUGAGGGUCCUUCUAAUGUAGUUACAUUCAUAUGUAAGUAGGUUGGGGGUUCAUUUUUAGUAUGGCUUGUUGAAAGAUACUCAAGUUUUCUGCAUAUGGAUUUAAAUUCCUGUAAGUCCCAAACCUAUUUUAUUGGUCCAUUAUUAGUCCAUGCCUUGUUUAAAAAAAAAACGAGCAUGAAUGACAUCACAUCAUGGGAAAAUCACAUAGUUGGAAACUGUCUUCCUUAUCACUUUUUAAUUUAAUGCAUAUAUCUCUUAUAGUCAUGAAAAGUUUAACAAGAUUGAGACUAAAUUUUGAGUGAUUGUACAGGUUGAAAUAUAUUAAUUAAAUACACCAGACAGAAAAUUUAGUUUGUCACACAUAAAUUUUCUGGUAAUAUUCACUUUUUUAAAGUUCUGAUUUCUCUAGCUGAUUAACCCCCCAUCAGCUGCUAUGUUCUAAGGGAUUUGAGGUCAUUCUGCACUUUAUGAGUUACUUCAUAAAAAUGUUUAUUCUAAAAUUUUUAAUUAGAAAAAAGAAAGUAAAAGUUUGUUUAAUAUCUUUAUAAAAUGUUACAUUUCCUUUAGAAACUUCUGGGGAGUUUUGGUCUUGUUUUUUUAAAAUCAGAAUGUAUCUGUUGACUUUCUAACAAAUUCUACCAAAUACAUUGUAUACAGACUAUAUUUGGCUUUGAAUCACGUGCAAUUAUUACUGAAAUCUAAGGAAAUUUUAAGACAUCCAAAUGCAUAAUUUAUCUUAUUUGAAAAGCUAUAGAAACACACUAAGAAAAAUGUAUCACUUAAACUAAGACUUCCUUUUAUCCCAGAAGGCAGCAAUUUAGCAUCUUUAUUUGAUUGCACAGUUCUGUUAAUUUAUGGUACUAGACUAGAUAUUAGGAGGUUAGAAAGCAGAAAAAUCUGCUAUCAGUCUCACAGAAAAAAAUUAUGUACAAGUAAGAAAUGCUUUCUCCAAGACACAGGUGAGCUUUGCUGUUUUAAUAAAAUGCUACCUGUUGACUGAAAGCCAGUUUGGGUAUCUCCAUACUGACAUCAAAAGCAUUAUUAUCAUAGGCAUGAAGACAUGCUUUAGUCUAUAUGCAAUCUAUACAAACUUUAUGACUUUUUAAUUUGAAAUUACAGUUUUAAAUAAUGCAAUUUUCUCUAAAUAAUCAAGCAUCCAUACUGGCACUUUACUUUUAUAGCUCUUUCUAGCAAUUGAAGUAUUAAUGUAUUAUGCUCAUUCAUUAAUUUCACAGAUACAAACAAUAGUUACACUUUUACUACGACAGAAGAAUAAUUAUAGUAUAUUAUUUGGACUGCACAAGUCCAAAAUAAUGAACCUUUCAAUUAUCUCUUGUAAAAGCUGCAGAGCCCACUAGAAAUAUGAAUUUACCACUGUUCAUGUUGGAAUAUCGAUAGUUUCAGUCAGUAUAUAAUUUCCUACUUUUAAAAUACUACGUAAGUUUUUAUCUACUUCAGCUUUUAAAAACCUUUUACUACAUUACCCUUCAACAAGUGAGCCAGUUUUGUAGUUCACUGUGUGCUAGUACAAAGUAUUUUGGACAUGAGUUAUUUUGGGUCUUCUCUGACAAGAAGCACCACAGCUCCUGUUAUUUGAUUUGUAAUAAUAUUUAAUUAUUUGGUGAAUGUAGUACAGGAAGCUAGCAUAAUAAAAUAUUUUUAAAACUUUUCUGCUAUACCAUUUGGUACUCAAGGACUUCAUCCAAGAGUUCUAUAUCUUCCCUUAUAGGUUUGUGACCAACCUCACACUGGUGUAUUUUUCCACUGUAGAAAAUACCUGCUUUUAAUGUACAAUUCAGAUAUGACAGAAGGAACACUAACCUAAACCACUAAACUAUUGUGUGAGCACUCCUCCAGUCCCACUGUGUGCAAUGAAUCAAACAGUGAAGCAUGACUGGGGAAGUGAAUAAAUGAGCUCACUUGCAGUAAUUUGCUAUGCAGCUUUCUAUACUGCACUCACACAGGCAACAACAUUUUAAAUUGUUAUGUACUGGCUUGUUACCAUGUGUCAUCCACCUGUGAAAAUGAGCUCACUCAAUCCUUGUAUAGUACUAGGUCACGUAAUAAAAUCACAUGUUUGUAUGGAAAGUAGUCAGUUGCCUAGGGAUUGUUCUGGAAGAAACUAACUGUACAGCGUACUGGAAAAAACACAAAAUCUAUGACUUCUUUUGUUACAGCACGGAGUUGAAUGUAUUGAAAUGAACAGCUUUUAGGUGAUUGGUUCUAUAUGCUGUUAGAGUUAAGCUGUAAUAACCAGUUUGCUUUCUGGUUUCCAUUGUAUUCUAUGUACUGUCCAAGGGGAAUGAUACUUGAAAAAAGAAUGGUGGCAUUUACUUCUCUAUUCUCAUGAAGAGCAAGGUACAAGUAACACCAAGGUUGUGGGUUCAAACCCCAUCUGGGCCUUUUGCUUGAGGGUUGGACUCAAUCCUUCUGGGUCCCUUCUAAUCCCUGUGAUUAUGUGAUAUAAAACUAACUGAAAAUCAAGGAUUAGCAACCUUUUGAGGGGAGCCUCCCAGAACAUAAUUUUGGUUUUCAGUUGAGAGGGUAAACAUGAUAGCAGAAACUCAGCAGAAGCUUAAAGAUUCCAUUUGGGGAAUUAAGAAUCAGUGAUAUCUCAUGUGCAUGAACUGUGGGGCUCUGGCUGCUGAUCUUUGGAAGGUCCCCAUGAGAUGCAGUAGAUGUAAGCUCCUAAACCUUGAUCAACCUUGGUGUGUGCAAUUUAAAACAGACAAAACAUAGGAUAGACAUUUGGCUUACUUCUAAACUGAUUAAAAAGUAUCUCUAAGCAUCUUUUCAAAAAGAUAAGAUUAGUUCAAUGCUAAAUAAAAAUACAUAGGUGUUUGGAGAGUAAUAGUCCUAAAGCUACUCCUCAGAGUGGCCUUCCAUUAACUUUCCUUUUAUGCAAAUUUUCUUACCUGUAUUUAUGAGUAACAUAAAUACAGUAGCAACAUAGGAAGUGAAGAAAAUGUAUUUUCAAAGAUACAAAUGGAAGGUAGAACUCUAAUUUUUUCAUCAAGAUUUUUCUGCAUGUUUGGAAAUCAUCUACAUGAUUGUUUUUACAGGAACAUGAUUGCAGAGCUUACAUUCCAGGUUUGGAUUCCAAUAAAAGCAGGAAGUUACAAAACCUAACAUUGAAAGUACUAUCUUUUUAAGAUGCCUGGAAAAAUAUGUACUCUAUUUUGUCAUGCAGUACUAUGGACAGAAGUAGAAGAGUGUUUUUUCCAACAUUAAUGAAACUGAGAAAUGAUGGUACAAAUUAGAUUCUAAAAUUGAAUGUAAUUACAUCUGUACUUCUUCCUGCAUGUUACCAAGAAUAUUGCAUAUGAUAAUGUAAAUAUGGAUUACUUGUUUACAUGGACAUUUUAUUAGUGACUAAGAGAUAUUGCCAAAUAUUUUCUAUUUCAAAAGUCUCUUUCUUUUGCUUUUGUUUCAGAAAACUCCUUCCUCUGUUUUUAACUGUUCACAAGAACUUAAAAAAUUAUUUUAUCAUCCAAAGUACUUCUUUGUAGAUGAGAGAAAAUAUUUAAUUACAACGCCUUGUUUUUCUUAUUUUUUUAUAUAUUAAUAAAAAUUAUUU